CAUGCAGGCCGUGGUCAUGGCUCACCGCCCGCAGUCAAACACGUCAAACACGCCAACACUCUGAGGUUUGGUGUCUACUGGCCCGAUUCGCUUGUAACUGGCGUCAUUCAUCGCCUUCCAACAUGCAUCCACCAGACAUGGGCGCUCUGGAUCUCUCCGACUCAGAUAGCGACGCCCUGUUCGACACCCCCGCCGCGCGACAGAACAAGAAGAAGGCCCAGGAUGCAGCUGCGAGCGCAGGCGAGGGUGCAGCGGGCGGGAAAACGCGUGCCAAACAGUCGCACUACACCACAGAGGAGGCGCGUGAGGCAGCAUUGCGAAGAGAGUUGGAGAGCAUAAGGAACGUCAACAAGGUCAUCGAAGGCGUUGUAGAGAGCCUGCAAAAGGCCAAAGACAACAUGGCUACUGUUUCCAAGACUGUUCUAAACGCCUCGACCCUUCUCCAGACCUGGACGCGCAUCCUAUCCCAGACAGAGCACAGCCAGCGACUCAUUCUGAACCAGCAAUGGCAGGGCGCGUCGCAAGAUCUAGUCGCCAUCGAAGAAGAGGAAGUGCAUCGUCAGCAUGCUGUACAGCGCCGAGCGGCCGAAGAGCAGGCGAGGCGAGACGCCGCAGCCUCAAGGUUAGAAGAAGAGCGCAGAAGGGCAGAAGCUGCUCCAAAGACGGGAACCAGGGGACGCGGCAGAGGGACGCGACCGCGCGGUACCUCCACAACGCCAACUCCUGGUAACUAUGGACAGAGUAAUUACGGACAGGCUGGGCGAGGUGUCAGUCGCAGCAAUUCAACCAGGGGUCGCGCUGGCAGUGGGAGUGGCAGUGGGAGUGGCAUUGGGCGAGGCCUACGUGGGAGAGGAAGGGGUCUGGGAUGAAGGGGGUACUCGACUGAACCUUUGGCUCAACACGCUCUAAGCAACUCCGUCUUCCCCCCGUCGUGUGAUCCUGCGUCAUCUCCACAAACACCCACCUUGUGCCUUGCAGCUCGAUCAAUGACAUGACCGCGGACGGUUCGGAACUCGCGUCGGAUGCGCUUCCUAAAGCGGGAAGGCUCGAGACCCCACUUCGCUACAAGUUGCGCCCCGCCCAUACACUUCCCAGGCCUCUCGCGACUGCGUAACUCGUGAUGAAUCAAUCCUUGCUCUCCUGACCACUUUACCACUCUGUUCGUUUAUAAAACGCCUCCUCCUUCAAGACAUUGGCCAAUCUACAACUCACUUUCAACAUGGACGUCCCAACAGCAACAUCAUUACGCGACAUCUACCCCGCCGACGCGCUGCCAGUCGAGACGAAGCGAUGGGAGAGCUUACUAGCAAAGUUCAAAGACCUCUACGGCAAGCCAGCAC